AUGACAGCAACCAGCACUACCCCAGAUGCAGAAUUUCCGUGCACACCUAAUUCCAACCGUUCCAGCGGUGUAUGCCAUAUCACUUACACCUCUGUUGAGGCUGGAUCACUGACUCCAAAUCCUUCUCCUGAGAACCAACACAGCGAUGCUUCCCGUCCCCAUUACUCCAGCUCAUCUGAAGAGGAACAUAUUUUUGAUGGAUUGUUAGACAACCUCAACUGUGACCAGGGUACAUCAAAAAGUGUCGAGCAGAAGGUGAUGGAGGCAUACUUGAGGCAUAUAGGACAACUUAGUGCGAGCUCUUUCCACUGCAUUAUUCGCUACCUGGAAGCAGUUCAUGAACGCCAACGUAUGCACUACUACAUGUCAUGCUGGGAUGUCAUAGUAGUCCAAAGGUGGGAAGCUGUCGCUCUUUCUGCGCGUGAUAAAUCGAAAACGGACUUCCUUGCAGUAGAGCAGGAAUUGCAGUUUGUUCUGGACAUUCUGUCUCAACACCUGUCAUUACCUCGUGAAACUACCGUGGAUAGCCAAAAUCUCGCUGCCGCCCACGACAAUGACAGGAUAUCCAUCUUGCGGACUGACGCUGUACUCACCACUCUGAAGGGUCAUGCUGAUCCUAUGGAUGACUGGUACGUUCUACUUCAAGUGUUAUGUUUUAUAUCUCAUGUGCUUCUUUUCUACGUUGGCCCUGUGGUCAUCGCCAAGGGCACAUAUGCAUACCUUGAGAUGUGCCAAGUCCUCACCCUCGUCAUUUUCACCAUCUCCAUUGGCUCCCAACUCAUCUUCACUUAG